AUGGAGCACGAUGAAGAUCGAUUGUCGAAUCUACCGAAAGUCAUUCUUCAUAGUAUCCUGUCGAGAUUACCAGAAAAAGAUGCUGCUAGGACAAGUGUUUUGUCCAAAUCUUGGUUAGAGACAUGGCAUACUUUUCCUAUAUUGUCUUUUUCUGAUGCUAAAAUCACAGGGUUGUUUCCCCCAUCUGAUAUAGGGAGGAUGUUGUUUCCCGAAUUAAUGGAUGAUUUUGUGAGGAAGAUAGAAAAUUUCAUUGAUUAUGUGAAGAUAACUUUGUUGAGGUUCUAUGAUAAUGGAUUGGCUAUCAACAAAUUUAAGCUUGUUGUGAACAAUGUUGAGCUUCGAGGUUACAAUGUUGAGCUUGAUCUUUGGUUGAAGUUGGCAAGUGAAAGUGGUGUUGAAGUACUACAACUUUGUUUGCCUAAUGGUCCCAACCAUGAAUACUAUGUCCUACCAGAGGGUGUAAUGGGGGGAAUAAGAGUUGAUACAGCAUUCAUGAAUCGUUCAAUUAAAUUUUUCUCAUUAAGAAUAUUGUCAUUGAAGCAUGUCCUUUCCAGAGACGAACAUGCAAUUGAACAUCUCAUUUCUUGUUGUCCUUUAAUUGAACAUAUAACUUUGAGGGAUUGUUCAAUGUUGAGCCCUAAUGGCGCAACAAAUCAUCUACUUGAAUCUCACACCUCUGGGGUCAUCAAGUCUUUGAGUAUGGAUGGUCUACUUAAGUUGAAGACGGUUGAUGUUCAAGGAAUACAAGAGGUUUAUAUUGAUUCCCCGUCUCUCGAGAAAUUACGUUAUUGUCCUGGUUAUUUUGACGCACCAUUUAAGAUUGAUUUUGAUAGAUGCCAAAAUUUGAAAUAUUUAGACUUGUGUCUGGACAGUGGUAUUAUCACCGACAAAUGGUUUCUUGAACUGUUUAGAAAAUUUCGUUUCCUUGAGAGUUUGAAAUUGGAUGAUUGUACAAUGGCCGAGAGGAUUAAUAUUUCAAGUGUUCAACUUAAGGUGUUGGAGUUAUCUGAUUGUUCUAACUUGAAGGAGGUUAAUAUUGAUGCUCCAAAUCUAUUAUCGUGUGUAUAUUGCAGUGAUGGUGAUUCAGAGCCUAUUAUAUCUUUCCUAACAAGUUCUAGUCAACUAAAGGUUGAUAUGGAUAUUCCCAUUGAUCAUCAUCAUCUUUGUAACUUGAGGGAAUUUGUGCAAAACAUCAAACCUCAAAAUGUUUUGUCAUCUCUAUCCGUAUACAUCCGUAAACCAUUUGUGUUUUUAUACGAGAAGCUAAUGGAAAGAAAAGGGGAUGACUGCUUUUGCAGUUCUAGUGAUACUAAGUGUUGGUGGCAUGGCUUGAAGAAUGUGAAAGUCAUAAGCUCAUUGAAGAAUGAUAAGAAUAUUGAUUUCAAGACCAUGCUAGAAUUGUUGCCAAAUGGAGGAAAAAUUAGCUUUAUGUUAGAAUUUUAA